AUGAGUUCUACUCGCGACGUCUCGCACUUGACCGACAUCACCAAGCGCCCUCUGGAGCCGGAUGGCACGUUCAAGCGGCGCCCUACGUCGUUCAGGGACUUCAUCCAGAAGGGCGGCAAGUUCGAGCCCGAGAAAGGCCGUUACCACCUCUACGUUUCCUACGCGUGUCCCUGGGCUACUCGCGCGCUCAUCGUCCGCAAACUGAAGGGUCUCGAAGACUUCAUCGGCGUCAGCGUCGUGUCCCCGCAGAUGGGCGCGAAGGGCUGGCCGUUCGCGAGCGCGGAUGCAUACCCCGGGGCCGACCUGGACCCGCUGUACGAUGUCAAGCACGUCAGCGAUCUCUACCUGCGCGCGAAGCCGGAUUAUGACGGCCGCGUGCCACUUCUUUGGGAUAAGAAGACUGCGACAAUUAUGAACAACGAGAGUUCGGAGAUUAUCCGGAUGUUCAACAGCGCGUUCGACGACCAGCUUCCCGCCGACAAGGCAGCGGUCGACUUGUAUCCGGAGGCGCUCCGCAAGGAGAUUGACGAGAUCAACGAGUGGGUCUACGACACCGUCAACAACGGCGUGUACAAGUCUGGGUUCGCGACAUCGCAGACGGCGUACGAGGCCGCGGUGGUGCCGCUCUUCGAAUCGCUCGACAGACUCGAGAAGAUCCUUACCGAGAAGGAUUACCUGGUGGGCGAUCGCUUGACGGAGGCGGAUAUUCGUCUCUUCGUGACCAUUGUGCGCUUUGACCCCGUAUAUGUCGGGCACUUCAAAGGCAACAUCCGAACCAUCCGGGACGGGUACCCCGCCAUUCACUUGUGGCUCCGCAAGCUGUACUGGAAUAACUCCGCAUUCUCGUCGACGUGCGACUUCGACCAUAUCAAGACGCAUUACUAUUGGUCGCAUCCUAGCAUCAACCCCCACCGUAUCAUCCCUGUCGGGCCUAUCCCGAACAUCCUUCCGCUAUAA